UGAGCGCCGCCCCAAGACCUAGGCUAUAAAAGAACCAUGAGGAAUACAAAAAACAGAUAGAAGGUUUGGUCUUUGUUCAACCAACAAGUGUCACAAUGGUCUCUACUGGUGUUGUAGCCUGUGCCAUGGCGCUGGUGUGUACCUGUUGCAUGUCUGAUUCUACUCAAUUCUCCGGUAGCGGAGACUUGUGGAGGCAGCAGUCGGUGUAUGCUGUGGUUGGGUACGCAGGAGUGCAGGAGCAUCAGAAGAGGGAGCAGAUGCACAAGUCCCAAGUAAGCAUUGUACCUGGGAAGUUGCCUGAACACGAGCGGAAGAUGCUGAAGUUUCUGGUCGAAAAUCCUUCUGGUCAACAUUUCCCUCAAGCACCGGAGCCAAAUAACCAAAACAUGCUCGUAUCUGAUUGGCAGGGUGAUGAAGCAUGGCAUGAAUCUAAUCAAGAACCACAACAACCAACCACAAUAUCUCCUGUGAGGGCUACUUGGGUAACUAGGUUUCCUACUAGUAUAAUAUUUAAGAAAACAAUGUCUUCAGCAGGUCUGCCCAUCAAGAAAUUUGAGCGUCCAGUUGUUCCUCAGCGUCCAGAACCUCGACUAUUUAGAGCUCCUGAAGUCAUUGAGCCUCCAACUGCUGAACCUAAAAUGACCAAUCCACCAACUAUUGACACUAUAAUGGAUGGGACACCAAUUGAGCAUCCAGCCACUGAGGCACCAACUGAUCUUCCAACUGAUUAUUUUCCGACUAGUGAGACCCCAACUGACAAGCUUCCAACUAGUGAGACCUCCAUUGAUGAGCUUCCAAAUGAUUACUUCCCGACUAAUGAGACCCUAACUGACGAGCUUCCAACCAGUGAGACCCCCAUUGAUGAGCUUCCAAAUGAUUACUUUCUGACAAGUGAGACCCUAAAUGAUGAGCUUCAGACUAGUAAGAACUCCACUAAUGAGCCUCCGAUUGAGACCCCAAAUGAAGAGACCAUCACUAAGUCAUUUCAAGAGCAAUACCCUCCUGCUGCCUUGAGCCCACAGCAUUCAGUGAGUUCUCAUGUGCCUCAGCCUAUUGCCAUUCCCACAGUUAUCGUUAGAGAGCCAGAAGCCCCACAGUCUGUCAUUGUUCAUUGCGGUGAGAGUUUGCUCCACCUGCAAGUGAAGAGGGACUUUUUUGGGACGGGCCAGCUGAUCAGUCCGUCAGAUGUCACACUUGGUGGCUGUAGGCCGACGGGCCUCAGUUCUUCCUCUGACAUGUUGCUGUUUGAAACUGAACUGCACAAGUGUGGAAGUCGUGUUCAGAUGACUGACGACCUACUAGUUUAUAAAUUUACCCUGGCCUACACAGCAGUGUCCACUGAGGACUCCCUGAUUGUGAGAACACAUGAUGCUGUGGUCAAUAUUUCAUGUCAAUACCAGAGGUUGCAUAAUGUGAGCAGCAGUGGCCUAAUGCCAACCUGGCUUCCCUUCCACCAUACUAUGGCCUCUGAGGCGACUCUGGAUUUUUCUUUGAGGCUUAUGAAUGAUGACUGGGUGUCUGAGAGGACUUCAGGCAAAUAUUUAUUGGGGGACGUCAUGAACAUUGUAGCCUCAGUUCGUCAGUCCCAUCAUGCUCCUUUUCAUGUUUUUGUGGAAGACUGUGUGGCUUCACUAGGACCAGAAAGACAUGCUGAUCCUUCUUAUUUUCUCAUUGAGAAGCAUGGGUGUCUGUCUGACUCAAAGCUGAUCAACUCUCGUUCUCUCUUCAUGCCCACUACACAGGGUGGCAUGUUGAGAUUUCAGUUGGAGACCUUCAGGUUUGCUGGUGCCAGCCAGAGUUUGUUGUACAUAACAUGCACCCUUGUGGCGGUAUUGGACACCAGUAUACCAGAUGGCAUACAUAAAGCAUGCCAUUUCUCCAAAGAAAAGGACCGGUGGGUCAGUGCAAGUGGGAAUGAUGAGGUCUGUAGCUGCUGUGAAGCAGAAACAUGCCCACAGAGAAAGGCAAGAAGCCUUAACGAUUUUAAGCAGAGAUGGCAGGCCCAGUUUUUUCAGACACUUCUGUAUGCUUUCAGUGUUUCUUUGUCUUUUCAGAUCACUGUGAAUAGAGAAUUGUGGAGUGAAAUGGAUUACCAGCGUGCUCAACAUGAGAUUGAUCAGAAGCCUGCAGCACAUAUAUCCCCAGCACCGAAGGAAGUGAGUCUUGAGAAGGACUCCAUGUUUGAUUUGUGGAAUGACCAGUUUGCACAGUCAGAACAAGAUGCACAAGAGUUUGCAGCCAAAGAUCGCCUGAACGAAAAACCCUUUGUAGUGCAGGCUACAAAAAUGCCACAGACUCGUCAGAUGGAUGAUCCUCUUGUUCAUAGCCCAGGAGUGCAAGUCUCACAGAAACCACUGAUGGUUAGUUGGGUAUUUCAGCCUGUUCGGUCAUUUCAAAGUCCACAACUACACACAGCUACACAAGGACUACAAUCUUAUGCAGCAAGUUCUUCAAGGAGACAAACAAAUCAUGCGAAUGACCCUCUUGUUUAUAGCCCAGGAGUUCAAGUACCCCAGAGACCACUGACUGAUUUUUCUGGUGUGUUGAGAAACCAGUUUGGUGGGCCACCUCCACAACAUCCUACAGCCACAACCACGCAAAGACCGCAACAUCAUGAGGCAAACCCUCACAGGAGACAACCACAUCAGACAAAUGACCCCCUUGUUCAUAGUCCAGGAAUGCAAGUACCCCAAAGACCACUGACUGAUUUUUCUGAUGUAUUGAGAAUCCAGCUUGGUGGGUCACCUCCACAACGUCCUACAGCCUCAACCACACAUAGACCACAUUUGUAUGAGCUACACCCUUACAGGAGACAACGAGAUCUUAUGAGUCAUCCCCUCGUUCAGAGCCCUGGAGUGUUGGUGCCACAGAAGCCACUGAAGGUGGAUUUUCCAAAACCCGCUAUGUUUAGUGAGUGGGGAAACCUGCCUGGUCAGUUUGAUGACGGUCCACAACAUCAGCCGAAACCACAACCUUCCGAGACCGAGGCUCCCAGUUGGCACUCUAGUCAAACUUGGCAACGUCCUCUGGUGCAGAGUUCUCAAGAACCGCAGCUAACGGACACAAUAACUCUUCCAAAGGACCAGAAGACCGAGCUCCAGCAACCUGUGAUACCACAGUCCGUUCAUGCUGUUUGUGGAGAGACGUCGCUCCAGCUGACUGUAAAGAUGGACUUGCUGGGCACUGGAGACCUUAUUGAUCCAGCCGAUAUCACCCUGGGUGGCUGUUCUCCAACUGUCCUGGACGAGUCCCAGCAAGAGCUAUUGUUCGAAACCGCACUGCGUGAGUGUGGAGGCACAGCUCAGUUGUUUGAGGAUGUCGUGGUGUAUACCUUCUCAUUGAUUUACACUCCUCGCCCAAUUGGGGAGAGCCCUAUUCUGAAGACCAAUGAUGCCACUGUCAAUAUAAAGUGUCAUUAUGCUAGGUUCCACAAUGUGAGUAGCAAUUCUUUAAGGUCCACAUGGACACCUUACCAAUUCUCUCAGCUGUCUGGUCAGGUUUUGGACUUCUCUCUUAGACUUAUGACUGAUGAUUGGCAGUAUGAGAGGCCAUCCACAAAGUACUUCCUUGGGGACAUGAUUAACAUUGAGGCCUUGGUCUAUGCGGACUAUCAUGUGCCUUUGCGUAUUUUUGUUGAAGACUGUGUGGCAGCAGUUCAACCAGAUAUGCACUCCGGCACAAGCUAUGUACUCAUUGAGAAGCAUGGGUGUCUGUCUGACUCUAAACUGAUGGCGUCCCGCUCCCAGUUCAUGCCCAGGGUACAGGAUGAAAAACUGCAGAUGCAAAUUGAGGCCUUCAGGUUUGCAGAUGAAAGCCUCGACUCGUUCUACAUCACUUGUAUUCUCCGAGCAGUUUUAGCUGCCGGCACUUCAGACAGUAGUCACAAAGCCUGCCACUACAACAUGGAAAAUGACAGGUGGAACAGUGCUGAUGGAAAUGAUGGGGUCUGUAGCUGCUGUAAUGCUGACCAAUGUCCCACCAGGAGGGCAAGAGCUGCUGAAGAAAUAAAUGGGCGUCGGGUGAAACUUGGACCAAUCACUGUUCAGGAAAAGACCACAUAGAUGUAGAUUUUCUGAGAAUGGACUAGUCGUCUUAUGCUCAUCUCUAGUAGUAGCACUUCAACUUCAGAUUAAAGGACCUUGUUCUGAACUUUUUUUUUUUUUUUUUUUUUUUUUUUUUGUUUCUUGCUGUGAAGUGGAAAUGGGUUAAACGUGUGAAAUCCCCACAUGGUACUUUAACAUUUUAUAAAUACAGAAUUUGAUGCAUUUUGUAUUUAUUGCAUUGGUGUAUUAACAACUGUUGCAGUUGUUGUUAUGAAAUUGUGUUUAUACUGAUGGAACUUGCAUUUGCAAGUUGAGUUUGAAUAAAUUGUUCAAAUUUUAAA